UUAGACUGUCACUAGUCAGCAUCAGCAGCAGGUCAUGCAGGAGCAGUUUGUCUGUUUGUUAUCUGCUUAUAUGAUAAAAAGGUGGAUAGAUAGCAGUACUGUAUUAUUAGGUAGUUUAUUGUAGUUAGUUUGAUUGUAACAGCUUUAUUCUUUAAAAUAUGGAAGAAGAGAACCAAAUACUAUCGGAAGAGCUUGUCACGGCUAAGGAAGAUGAAAGUGAUUCUGAGAAGUCGGAUACCAAUACCGAGUCAGAAAUCAUCAUGUUGAAUCCAACGAAAGAAUAUGAAAGGCCAUUUCUAUAUGCGUUCAUACCAUCAAUAUCAAGAUCUUACAAAUACGAUAUAUCUCUAUCCGGAAAAUGGAUGAUGUUUUUCGCCAAAAACAUAUUAGAUGAGAAAUGGAAAAUGUGCUGUGAUCUUUAUAAAGCAAGAAAAUUAACAGGAAUCGCACAAAUGAAAGUGUCCACAAGCGUCAGGAGCCCAAGAACCACUGACCAUGCAAAUGGUGUGAUAAUAUUCUAUUGUGGUCCAGCGAAUGAUGAGGAAGCAGUCAUGGCAUAUGGAAAAAAACUUUUGGAAGUGGUUCCUUAUACUGGAAAUCGCUACAUGUACUAUAAAAGUGAUGAGCAGACCUACGAGGGUACCAGAGCAACAGGGCAGAAGAAAAACCAUUUGUACAAGAUUAGUGUUCCAGUUGUCCCAGAGUCUUGGAGAAAAUGAAUCCACACAAAAUCAAUGAGUUGUAUUGACAUCUCUACUGGCCUACUACACUUUUAUUUCCGGAUGUCUCACGUAUUUAUUUCAUAUACAGUGUGUGCAUGCGAUAUCAUCUCGUAACACGGUCCUAAUUUGGAACC